CUAGAGGGCCUCACUCUCCAUCCACGUCCUCGAUGUGCGUAAUGUCUCUAUCCGAGCCACAAAGCGCUCGAAGAGCUCCUUGAGCACCCAGCGAGAACUGCGGCACGCAGGCCAGGAAGCAGAAAGGAACAUUGUGUGUGACCAUACGUUGUCUGACGGAUGCUAUGUGUAUGGACCGACAUUGGUUUCUCAACGAAAGCCGUGUCAAACAAAGCCGGCGCGUCUGGGUAUUGUCUCAUGACAUUCUGCGGCAUACACAGGAAGGGCAGAGGACAGACGACGUGGCGACAAUCGAUGGAGGCGCACAAGUGUGUCUCACUCACCUCUUUGCUUUGUGCAGUGCCUGUAAACACGAUAGACAACGUUAUGAAUUGUGUGUUGCGUGUUUCGUCUUGUUUGUUCUUUGCCUUUCUUUCUUUCUUUCUUUCUUUCUUUCUUACAUAAGGCAAUGAAGAGCGGUGGCGACGUGCGGUCUUGCAACAUCCCUCUGAUGCACCUAGUGGCUGCGACACCAUCCAGCUCCGGCAUUUCUAGGUCGGUCAGCACAAGCAUAGGCGUAUCGCAUGUCUCGCCGUGGGCUCCCGCCAAAUGCCUGCUCUUCUUGUCAAGUCUCUCCUUGACGGCGCUGACAAGGUCCGCGCCAUUGAGAGACCAUGUGAUCGAUGACUCUGGUACGCCCAUCUUCUUGAUUAUGAUAUCGAGAGACUGCAACAGACAAGAGAGAUAUAUUCCGGGCUCCCCCCCGCCUGGGGGGGCAUUACACCUGUCGAUUGAUGAAGUCGUCGUCAGCCAGGAAGAGGUGGAUCUGAAGACGCUGCAUUUUGUCAAUGAGAGUUUGUAACACCGUGGAAUCCAUCGUUUGUCGAUGGGGGCUCCCCUGGCCGCUCCGCUUCGCGACAUUGAGCUCAUACAUGCCCCAGCAGUCAAAGCAGAAUGUCGCCGUGGUGCCCUUGUUGACGCCUUCAGACUUCAGCUUGCAAUCGCCUCCCAUUGCCUUGGCAACCAUCCUGCGCCGAAGAAAAUCGAGACAAGUAGAAAAUGGUACCGACGGAAGCAUUGCUUUGCCUCGCGAUGUUCAACCCUAAGCCGGUGCCGAUGGGUGCAUCCUUCGCUUGGACUUGCUGCGGGAAAGGACUUGAUUCCAUGCUCAAGGUAUUUUAGCUGACCGGCUGCUGACCUCAAAUUCGUUGCCGAGGCUUUGAAGCUUGUCUGCAGGAAUGCCUCGACCACUGUCUGAAUGCGGAGAUGCGAAAGGAAUGCUAGGCAGACCCCGACAUGAAAAUCGCUUACCCUUUAUCCGAAUUUCAAUGGAGUACAU